ACUUUGCAAAAUACUAAAGAACUUCCAUUAUCUUACAUUUCUUCUUUUAGUUUUGCUGCCUUCUGUCUAACAAUUCUCGCCUUACUAAGCGCCAGCGGUGGCUCAAUGCAUUGUUUCUCGUGAAUAACUUUGUACACUUCUUCGGAUUCGUUAUCACGCGAGGGACUAAGGGUCACACAUAGCACUUGCUUGCGACUAUUGCAAGAUGGCUUUCAAUGCGAAAAACCUAAGCUAUGAUCGAAACGAGCCGGCAUUCCUACGAAAACUUCGAGGCCAGUACAGCGGAGAUGAUUAUGCACGUCAGGAACGGUCUGUACAACGCCCGCGCAAGCCCAAGGACAUCGAUGAUGACGAUGCGCCUGUGUACAUAGACGAAGAGACAAAUGAAAUGAUAUCGAAGGAGGACUACGAAACACUAGUGAACGGUACUGAUGGGAAAGACGGGGGUACCGACAAGGACAAGGAAGGACUGGAAGAACCGACAGAUCCAGCAAAGUCGAAGCAUUCAGAGCAAGCCGCUAGUGGCGAUACGAGAUCGCAACAGAAUCUAGCCGAGAUUGGCGCACAGAAGAAACGAAGGAAAGCCAAAGUCAUAUCAGAGGAAGAAGUUGCUAAGGACGGAUCGCGGAGCAAGGACACCUCGGAGACGUCCAAACCCAGUACGAAACCGAGCGCAAAAAGGAAAAAGAUUAAACUGUCCUUUGACGAGCCAGAAUAAGUGAAAUAAUU